AUGCAGCGGCCCGGGGAGCCGGGCGCCGCGCGCUUCGGUCCGCCCGAGGGCUGUGCUGACCAUCGGCCGCACCGCUACCGCAGCUUCAUGAUCGAAGAGAUCCUCACCGAGCCGCCCGGGCCCAAGGGCGCAGCGCCUGCGGCUGCCGCUGCCGCCGCGGGCGAGCUGCUGAAGUUUGGCGUGCAGGCGCUGCUGGCCGCCCGGCCCUUUCACAGCCACCUGGCAGUGCUGAAGGCUGAGCAGGCCGCUGUGUUCAAGUUCCCACUGGCGCCGCUCGGUUGUUCCGGGCUGGGCUCGGCGCUGCUGGCGGCGGGGCCUGGGAUGCCCGGCACUGCAGGCGCCUCGCACCUGCCGCUGGAGCUGCAACUCCGAGGGAAGCUGGAAGCAGCUGGCUCUGGGGAGUCGGGCACGAAAGCCAAGAAAGGACGCCGGAGUCGCACUGUGUUCACGGAGCUGCAGCUGAUGGGCCUGGAGAAGCGCUUCGAGAAGCAGAAGUACCUCUCCACCCCUGACAGAAUAGAUCUAGCUGAGUCCCUGGGCCUGAGCCAAUUGCAGGUGAAGACAUGGUAUCAAAAUCGGAGGAUGAAGUGGAAGAAAAUAGUGCUUCAAGGUGGCGGCCUGGAGUCCCCUACCAAGCCCAAGGGGCGGCCCAAGAAGAACUCCAUCCCCACGAGCGAGCAGCUCACGGAGCAGGAGCGUGCCAAAGAGGCAGAGAAGCCAGCAGAGAUGCCGGGUGAGCCCAGCGACCGGAACUGCGAGGACUGA